UCAAACUGAAGCACUCUCCAUCUGCCUUUGUGACAUGUGUGCUGUUCAUUAUCUCAAGGCUCAGGUAGUAUGUUACGUGCUGAGAUGCGCAUGUAAAUAAAUGCUUACACAGUGGUUGAAUUACAGCCAUUUGAGGUAUGGGAAUAAUCUUUGAAUGACUUCUCAUUUAGAAAAAAGGGUAAAAGAAUUAAAAUUCUCAGAAUUACUCUCAAUUCCACAAGUAACCUCCUUAGAAAAAAACCCCUCUCAGCCUUGGAAGUUUAAUGCAGCCAAAUCGCUUCCUUCUAAAUAAAUAAAAAUACAUACGGGGUGACUCUACAUUAUUUCUCAUGCUCCAUUUCCCUGUGCCCUAUUUCCUAUUUUAUUCCUUUUCAUAAGAUCCUGAUGUAUAGAUAAGUUUUAUGUCUAGAAAAUGUCCAUCUCUAAAUCAAGAUUAGUAUCCAUUCAUUAGUUUUUACACCCUAAGAUUAAGUGUGAUAGUAUGACGGAAACUAGAUACAGUGAAAAUACUCGUGCUGUAUGUGAGAUGGUUUUCACCUUACCGAAAACGUAAACACUUCCUACGGGUGUGAGUACUUUUCUCUCUCUCUCCUCCCACUAAGGACUAAUUAAGGAAGCAGACUUGAAGGAUAAACUCAUCGAUUACAUGGAAAAAGCCGCUGCACUGGUAUACGUACGGCUGAAAGACCUCAGUUUCAGAUUGAACUCUCAGCAGCAGUGUGGAAUUGCAAGAGCCCUGGAAAAGAUGUUGGUGUUAAAUUGUUCCACCAAAUUACUGAUACUGGAGAAAAUGUUGAAGAAUCACUUUCCUGAAUCACUCAAGGUUUAUGGAGCAGUGAUGAACAUAAAUCGUGGAAAUCCUUUUCAAAAGGAACUAGUGUUGGAUUCAUGGCCAGACUUCAAAGCUGUCAUCACCCGACGGCAGAGAGAGGCUGAGACAGAUAACCUGGACCAUUAUACUAAUGCCUAUGCUGUGUUCUACAAAGAUGUCAGGGCUUACCAACAGCUAUUGAAAGAACGAGAUGUUAUCAACUGGGACCAGGUUUUUCAAAUACAAGGGCUGCAGAGUGACUUAUACGAUGCUUCCAAAGCUGUUGCCAACUCAAAGCAGUUGGAUGUAAAGCUAACUUCCUUCAAGGCGGUUCGUUUUUCUCCUAUUUCAACUGUGCCAGACAUCAGUUCCCUAAUGGGGUCUUCCCCACGACUAACCUACUUGAGUGUCGCUGAUGCUGAUCUACUCAACCAGACUUGGUCACGGGGCGGCAAUGAACAGUGUCUCCGGUACAUCACCAGCCUCAUCUCUUGCUUCCCCAGUGUGUGUGUCCGUGAUGAGAGGGGAAGCCCGGUCUCCUGGUCUAUCACAGACCAGUUUGCCACCAUGUGCCAUGGCUACACCCUGCCUGAGCAUCGCAGGAAAGGUUAUAGCCAACUGGUGGCCCUCACACUGGCCAGAAAGCUGCAAAGCCGGGGAUUCCCUUCUCAGGGCAAUGUCCUGGAUGACAACAUUGCAUCCAUAAGCCUCCUGAAGAGUGUCCAUGCUGAAUUUUUGCCUUGUCGAUUUUAUAGGCUUAUUCUUACCCCUGCAACUUUCUCUGGUCAAGCUCACCUCUAGCCCAGAAAAACUCUAGGAAUUGUCUUACUUUCCCUGAACACAUACCCACACUUUAGCUGCCAGUGUGGGGAGAAUUAAAAUUGGAAUUGGGAAUCUAGGGUUGUUGAAAAGGGGCUGUAGAAGACAUGUUGGAUCAGCUCUGAGAAGCCUUCCUUCUUUGAGCCUCAAGUUUCUGUGCUAAAUAACUGUAAGGGUCAGGAGUAGCCAUGUCUGAGUAUAGAGAAUGAUUGUCUUCCUUUGGGAUCCACUGCAGGAAAUAAGGUUUGAAAGCCAGGGGUUUUCAGCACCGUAGCAGAAAAACUGCAUGAGAGCAAAUGAUUUGAACAGGAGCUUGUGGCUACGGCUUCCUUGUGGCUGCUUGGACCUCUGCUCUGUAUUUACAUAUUCAGACCAGUUCCCUGCUGUCAAAAUGGCCAGGUACCCUGCUGCUGUAUCUCCCAACUUCUGUUCUCACCACCUCUGAAGUUCUCUGUAGAGUACCCUACUUUUAUUCCCUUUAAUUUACUGGCUCUCUCCUCCUGCCUUUAACUCUAGCCUAUAAUUCUUCCCCAUGAAUGCUUGAAAGCAAUGGCUCCCACAUUUCAGUGUGUGUGAAAAUCAGUUGAAGGGGAGAUUAUAACACAGAUUGCUGGGCUCCACCUCCAGAGUUUCUGAUUCUGUAGGUCUGGUGUAGGGCCUGAGGAUCCACUUUUUUUUUUUUUUUUUUCUAUUG